AAAGCUGCAAGCUCAAUUAACUUUUGCAAUGGCAACAAGAUCACUCACUGGUACAGUAUGCAGGUACCCAGGCUGCUCCAAGCCAGGAUACAAGGAGCCCAGUGGCUACACACACAACUUCUGUGGACGAACACAUGCUGAGAUGUACAGGUCAAUUUCUCUCACUUCCCCCACCUCGGCAUUCUCAUACUCAAGACCGGCUAAGUCAGCACAAACAACAAAAAGUGCUCUGAAGCCAUUGAAGGCAUUUCAAAAAUAUGUGUCACCGUCGUCAAACGAGAUAAAGUUCUACAAUAGUUAUGACCCCUUCUACGAGUUUACAAACUUUUAUCCAACAUUUAUGACAAUUAAUGGAAGUUCUUGGCCUUCUUCUGAACACUACUUUCAAGCUCAGAAAUUUGUCGGUACUCCAUAUGUAGAGAAAAUAAGAAAAAUGUCUUCGGCUAGAGAAACGUUCCAGUUUUCGAGGAACCCAGCUGUAUCUCGAUGGCGAAGGUCGGAUUGGGACCAAGUGAAAGAUAACAUCAUGCUGAAAGCUCUGAGAUGCAAGUUUGGGCAAUCAGACAGACUGCGUUCUCUUCUUCUUGGCACAGGAGACAAGAAACUCAUUGAGCACACAGAGAAUGAUUCCUACUGGGGAGACGGUGGAGGGAAAGGAAAAGGCUUGAACAAACUCGGCGAACUGCUCAUGAAAGUACGAAGAGAGCUCAAAGAAAUGUACAAGACAAAAAGUGGCAGCCCUCUGAAGAAAAGAAGCAGCUCGUUUUCAUUUAAUAGUACAACAUCAAAACCUAAGUACAUUGAUGAUAUGGAUAUCUCUCUGAGCUCUUCAGGGCACAAUCCUCUAUUAUUAUCUCGUCACUUGUCUGGAUCACUAAGCUCUUUGCACACACCAAGCAGCACCCCCAAAGUAAGAUGCUCAUCUCCUUCACUGGCACGCAGUCCUCUCGGUUUCACUCCUCGCACACAACCCACAAAUGAUACAAGCUAUUUGUAUACAAAACACAGCACUGCUACCUACACUCCUACUCCAUCACAAUGGAAAACAACUUCUCAAUCUACUGUGACAAAGCGACCUAAGGGAAAUGAUUCCAGUCAAGUGGCUUUUCUCUUUACUUCUUCACAUAAACAUACUAAACAUUUUAGAGUUUGAACAAUUGUAAUUUAUUUACACGCUACCAUACUUCCCCUACCAAAAUAUGGA